CGCGCACUCCUCCCGCGCUUUUAACCCCUCCCGCCCAGGUCUCCAAGCGAAUCUGCUGUCAGAAAUAAGUGGGGUCGGGGGUCUGAGCGCCCCGCGGUAGUUGGACAGCGCUUGCGCGGCACGCGCUGGGCGGAGCUGGGUGGUAAAGCUGCAGUUUUAGGGAGCGCAGACACCCAGGAGGGUGAUUGACUGGUGUUGGUGCAGGUUGGCUGUGACUGGCCCGUCAAAACGUCCCUAACGCCCCAUCCGUGAGUGGUUGUUCUGUAAUUUAACGUCCUCUCCAGUAGUCAUUAACUUCCUCAAACAUUGUUAAUUGGUGAAGCUGUAAUGCCCAGGUACGAAGUUUCAGUGUGAUGAGAUAUGAAAAGCGAGCAAGAUCACGGAGACCUGUAUUCUUUGUGGUUGUCAACAACUUAGUUAGCCAGAUUGAGCCUCAAUUUUCCCAGCUGGAAAGUGGAACUGUCCGUAACUAGUGAGCUGUUCAUGAACUAGGUAGUAUUGCCAUCUGAAGUGGAUCAUGGCAGAAGAAGAGGACUACAUGUCGGAUUCCUUCAUUAACAUUCAAGAAGACAUCAGACCAGGCGUGCCAAUGCUGAGGCAGAUCCGAGCAGCCCGUCGAAAAGAAGAAAAGCAACAGGAAGCUAAUCUGAAAAAUAGGCAGAAGAGCGUGAAAGAAGAAGAACGGGAAAGACGCGACAUCGGGUUGAAGAGUGCACUAGGCUGUGAAAACAAAGGAUUCGCUUUGCUCCAGAAGAUGGGCUAUAAGAGCGGCCAGGCUCUGGGCAAGAGUGGAGCUGGUAUUGUUGAACCAAUUCCUCUCAAUGUCAAAACAGGAAAAAGCGGCAUAGGUCACGAGUCAUUAUUAAAGCGGAAAGCAGAGGAAAGGCUAGAAAACUACAAGAGAAAAAUUCACAUGAAAAACCAAAAUGAAGAAAAGGCUGCUGAGCAGUUUCGGAUGCGACUGAAAAACAAGCAAGAUGAAAUGAGGCUUGAAGGAGACCUGAGAAGAAGCCAGCGAGCUUGCCAGCAGCUUGAUGCCCAGAAGAAUAUUCAGGUUCCCAGGGAGGCAUGGUACUGGCUAAGGCCUGAAGAAGACACUGAAGAAGAGGAGGUGGAGGAAGAACAGGAUGAAGAUGAAUACACGAGUGAAGAUUUGAGUGUGCUGGAAAAACUGCAGAUCCUCACGGGCUACUUACGAGAAGAACAUCUGUAUUGCAUUUGGUGUGGGACAGCCUAUGAAGAUAAAGAAGACUUAUCUUCCAAUUGCCCAGGACCAACCUCUGCAGAUCAUGACUGAGAUUAUUCCCAAUAAAAUAAAACCAUGUAUGCAGUUCUGCCCUCUUACUUUUUACCUACCCCCCCAAUAAACUUUCUGCCUUCUUUCUUUCCUUCUCUUUCUUUCUUUCUUUUUUUUUUUUUUAAACAUAAUGAAACCUAUACACCCAAAGAAGAUAAACAUGAAAGAGGACCCGGGUAAAGUGAUCAAUCCUCACUUAGAAAGACAAAUGGGAGGUGCAUUGGACGUAGAAGAAAACAUGUAACAGGACAGGAGCCUACCGCAGAGGGCCUCUGAAAGACUCUACAUCGCAGUUAUCAAAGCUGAUACAAAGACUCAACCAAAUCUUUGGCAGAAUGCAGGGAACCGUAUGAAAGAAGAGGGAGUUAGUAUGACGUGGAAAGGAUAGGAGCUCCACAAGGACCAAAUAUAUCUGGGCACAAGGGUCUUUUCUGAGACUGACACUCCACCAAGGACCAUGUAUGGAUUUAACCUAGAACCUCUGCUUGGAUAUAGCCCGUGGUAGCUCAGUAACCAAUUGGUUUCCCAUAGUAAGAGGAACAGGGACUAUUUCUAACAGGAACUCAAUGGCAGGCUCUUUGACCGCCCCACUCCCCACGGGAGGAACAGUCCUGCUAGGCCACAGAGGAGGACUUUGCAGCCAGUUCUGAAGAUACAUGAUAAAACAGGGUCAGAUGAAAGGGGAGAAGGUCCUCCCCAAUCAGUGGACUUGGAAAGGGGCAGGGAGGAGAUGAAGGAAGGAGGGUUUGGGAGGGAGGGAGGGAGCGGGAUACAGCUGGGAUACAGAGUUAAUAAAAUAUAACUAAUAAUAAAAAUUUAAAAAAAGGAAUCUGUUAAUGAAUGUGUGUUUCCUUUGAGGUGACAAAAAUGUUUUAAAAAUGAGUAUAGUAUUGAUGCAACUCCAAAGAGAAUAAACUUAAAUUGUGGAUGCUGGGUAAAUGAAUUGUAUUCAGUAUGAAUUAUAACACACAACACUUUUACUACAUUUAUUUAAUUAGGUUAUAUGAUUGUGGGUAUGGGUGUAGGCAUGUGUACCAUAGGACAUGGGUUAAAGUCAAAGGACUACUUGUAUGAGUCAAUUCUUUCCUACCAUAUAGGUGCCAGGGAUUGAACUCAGGUUGUCAGGCUUGGUUGCAGGUACCUUUCUUUACCUAAGUCAUCUCACUGUCCCUAAAACUUCUUGUUUGUUUAAAUUGAGGGGAAUUUCUGAUACAAGCAAUGGGAAAGAAUAUGAGCACCAGAGUAUGUUCAGGGAAAACUGCAGGACUGUGUAGCCUGGCCUUACUCUGGUAUCAGUCCUAAUCAAGCAUAGGACUCAUGAUGGCAUUUUCUGGGAACGUGGCUGCCAAUUCUCAAUUUAAGUUUCUGGCCUCCAAAACUUCAGUAAGUGUAUAUAAUGUAAAUGACCAAGCCUGUGGUAAAAUAUUACAACUAUAGGAAAUUAAAAUACACAUCUAAGUUAGCACGGGUAAGGCUCCAGAAGCACUUUGUUUGCCUCGCAGAACUACUACAGUGCUCAGUUAGAAUGAAGCCAGAACUGGUGUAGCUACAGCCGUCUGACCAUGGGGACACCAGGAAGCACUUCCUGAGUGGAGGACAUUCUGCAGACGGAUGACCAGUUCCUCAAACAAAUGUUGAGAGAACAGAAAACACAGGGAGUGUGCUACAGAGUAAAAGUCAACCAAAUGAAACCUUGGAUCCUCCUGUUUAUAAACAACUAUCUACAAAAGACAGUUUUGAGAAUAUAAAAUUGAAUCCAGACUAAUUAUAUGAUAAUUAUAUUUCUGUUUGUCUGAGUAGCAGUGAUGUGUGAUUUUGUUAAUAUUUCAAAGUACUUGUUCAUAUAAGUCAACUUUUAAGUAUUUGCAACUGAAACACUAUAAUGCGUAAGAGUAACUUUAAAAUUUUCCAGCCAAAGAAACAAAAAGGAAGGGGUAGAUGUCACAGCAAAGGUAAAAUAUUCUCUGUUAAAGCUGCACAAUGGCACAUACAAUCUCAUUAUUCUUGUAUAUGUUUGAAGACAAAAAAUAUAUGUAAUAGUUAAUCUUGAAUGAAAAUAUUUUGUCUUAAUAAAAUGUUAAUGUGCCAGAGAACCUCAAGUUAUGGUGAACAUUCAAGUGGGGAUGCAUGUUGUAAGUCUUUGCCUAUUGAGCCUGCAGGUGUGUUUUUAAUAGAAAUUAUAUAUUUGGUCUGUGAUAAAAAUUUCUUAGGUCUGUUUCUAGUGAUUCAACUAGUUGUUUGUUUGUUUGUUUCAAAACUGCUCCUGAAAUUAGCAAUUGAGGUCCUGCUCUGCCCCACUGUUACUCUGAUUAAGAAAAUACUUGUUAUUUCCUGGUUUGUAGAAACAGAAGAUAUAUCCGCAGAAGUAAAUAAAAGAUGCUAAGAAAUAA